UUUAAUAGAGCCGUUUGUUGGAAUGUCGAAAUAAAUUUUUUUCUAUUUAAAUUGCAUUUUGAAAAAAUCUCGCUUUCCUUGAAAAAAAUGAAAAUUCUUUUAUUUGUGCUGUUACUCCCCUGUGUGUUUGGUGCUAAUACUAAAUGUUCGGAUAAUACAGUAUGUCCAGAAGGAUACAAAUGCUGCACCACGUAUGACGACAAAAUUAGGUGCUGUGACAUAAAGAAUUCCAAUUCCAAAUUUGUGAAAACCACCAGACCACUUCAAGUUGUCCCAUCAGUACCUUUACAACCUUACGUGAAUGCUACACAACCAGUUGCACGGUAUGGAUCAUGCUAUAAGGACAUCAACUGCUUCGGGACUUGCUGCGGCGACAACUGUUGCCCGUAUGAGCUGGCAACAUGCUGUGAUCAUGGAUGCUGCAGUUAUUAUUCGACAUGCUGUGAGGGUUACACGAAAUACAUAGUAACUAAACGAUGGUGUUGCGUCCAAGGUAUGAAAUGUGGAGAUGCUGACGAUCACAAGUGUUUAAGUAAAGGUUUGAUUGUAGCACCUCAUUUCACUGUGGCAAUUAUGAUCAUAACAUUGCGGGAGUUGCUGUUGAAGAUGUUUGCUUAACUAAAGUGCAGAGAUGCCCUGAAUUUUGAU